UUCUUCAGUGUGGCAUAAACACUGCUUUGACAGACUUCUGAAGCAAUCACCACCAGAGGAACAGAGUUCCAGUGCAACUGAAGAUGAACUUUUUUCAGAAGACGAAUACAUACCAGAUAGUCAGUCUAGCUCAAGCAGCGAAUUAGACACGACCUGUGUUAAUGCUAAUUCCAAAAAACAAAAAACUGCUGAAAAUGUAAAUAUUGCUCAACAAUCAAGUUCAACAACUAGUUUUGACACUGCAAACAAUAUAAGUGACCUUUUAAGUGCCAAGAAAAACUACUGUUACGUGUGUGGCAAACCUCAGUCCAAGAUUGCCAGACACUUUCAAAACCAUAAAGAUGAAGCUGAAAUUGCACAAGUGCUUUCAUUACCUAAGCGUUCAAAAGAACGUAAAAUACUGUUGGAGAAGCUAAGAAAUAAAGGUAACUACCAACACAAUUCAGAAGUCCUUAGAAGUGGAGCUGGGCAUCUUAAAGUCAAAAGAAGAACAAAAGUUGAACAUGACUUCCCAAAGUUUAUUCAUUGCCUUUAUUGCAAAGGAAUGUUUUUACGCAGAGAACUCUGGAGGCAUAUUCGUAGAUGCCCCUCAAAUCCUGGAACAGUGAGUGAAGAGCCAGGAAGAACCAAUGUAUUAGGCUUGGCCACACUUGCUGAAUCAACAUGUUCACAGCAAAUAUCGGCAGGAGUUUGGAAAAUUUUAAGUAACAUGAAGCAAGAUGCUGUAGCAUCUAUUGUACGAAAUGACUCUUGCAUUAUUCAGCUUGCACAGUCCUUUUAUAAUAAACAUGGACACGACACCACCAAAUACGAGUACAUCCGGCAAAAGCUUCGGGAAUUUGGCAGGUUUUUGUUAGUUUUGCGAAAUGAAUUUUCUAUCUACAGCAUUGAAGAGGCUAUUAAACCUGUUCAUUUUCAUAAAAUUAUUCAAGCAGUCAAAAAGGUGUCAGGUUAUGAUGAGGAGAAGUGCUUCUACAGUACCACAAGUCUUGCUUUAAAAUUAGGGCAUUCCUUACAGAAAGUGUGUGACAUCCUUCACUGUAGGGCCCUUAUGGCAGGAGACGGUGAGCUAAGCCAGGCAACUGAAAUUUUCAAAAAACUGUACACUUCUAAGUGGGCUGAGUUAGUUUCGCACGCUGCCCUGACCACUCUGAGUGAUGCAAAGUACAACAAACCAUCCACUCUGCCAUUUACCCAUGAUGUGCAGCUUCUCCACAGGCACCUUGAGAAGUCAGCAGAAAGUGCCAUGGAAGAAUUGAAGAAGGUGGCUAGCCCACAAACCUAUAGUGAAGUUGCAAAAGCUACAUUGGCACAAGUAAUUGUGUUCAACAGAAGGCGUGCUGGUGAGGUAUCCAAAAUGAAACUUCAAAGUUUCUAUGAGAGAGACCAAACCACCCUUCAUGAAGAUGUAGCUGAAGGUCUCUCACGUUUUGAACAAAAGCUCUGCAAGCAUUUCAGCAGAAUAGAGAUCAUGGGAAAAAGAGGAAGGAAGGUUGCAGUCCUUCUCACUCCGGCUAUGGUGGAUGCUUUACUCCUAAUAGUUAGCAAAAGAGAAGAAUGUGGUGUUGGCAUUGCUAAUAUGUUCUUGUUUGCCAGGCCAAAAUGUAUGAGUCACUAUAGGGGGCAGGACUGCUUGAGAACCUAUGCGGUUCAAUGUGGAGCCAAAAACCCUGAAUACCUCAGGUCAACAUAUCUUCGAAAACAUGUGGCCACAUUAUCUCAAAUUUUAAAUCUAAAAGACAACGAAAUUGAUCAGUUGGCAGAUUUCUUGGGACAUGACAUCCUUGUUCACCGUGACUUCUAUCGAUUGCCAGAAGCAACCACUCAACUGGCAAAAAUUUCAAAAUUGCUUCUUGCCAUGGAAAAAGGAUGCUUUACAGAUCUAAAAGGAAAAUCAUUGGAUGAAAUAGAAAUUGAAGAUGAACUGAUAGUCAGUGGAUCAGAGAAGACCGAUGAAGACAGUGAUUUGGAAGUGAAUGAGUCAGGAUAUACCCCUUCGUCUGCAAACAGAUCUGUGGAUUCUUUCCCAUUACAGAAAGAAAGUACAUCAUCUGUGGCUAUGGAAGAAGUGUCUGAAAGCUCUUAUG